AUGGGUGGUUAUGCUGGCAAUGAACACCUGUACAACACCCGAUACGACCAGCUGGCAGCUUACGAUCCGACUCAAUCCAAGGAAGAGAUUCAGGCCCUGCUGAACAACAUUCGUCCCGAUGAGGACAUGCCAGCACAUUUGCGCGUCCAAACUCCGGCUGACAUGUCGGUGAACCUUCACAAGUAUCAAGAGAUGGGACUGACGUGGUUGACAAAUUGCGAAGAAGGCUCGAACCAGGGUGGUAUUCUGGCAGAUGACAUGGGCUUGGGCAAGACGAUUCAAAUGCUUUCUCUCAUGGUUACGCACAAGUCAGAGGAUCCGCGCUGCAAGACGACACUCAUCGUUGCGCCGGUGGCGCUCAUGAGACAGUGGAAACAAGAGAUCCAGGACAAACUGAAGCCAGGCCGCGCCGCCCUGACUGUCUUCACCCACCACGGCACCAAAAAGGCGAAGAGUUUUCAAGAGCUUCGGACUUACGAUGUGGUGUUGACGACGUACGGUAGUCUUGCUUCCGAGCUGAAGAAGAUGGAGAAGUUCCACUUGCGAAAGGUGCAAUAUCCUUCCGCGCGCCCAUAUCCAAAGGAGCAGUGCGUCUUUCUCGAUCCAGAUGCGAAUUGGUAUCGAGUCGUUCUGGAUGAGGCUCAGUGCAUCAAGAACAAAGGUACCCAGGCUGCGAAAGGCGCUUGUAUGCUACGAGCGAAGUACCGCUUUUGCGUCACCGGCACACCAAUGAUGAACAACGUGGAAGAGUUGUUCUCUUUGGUGCACUUCCUCCGCAUCAAGCCAUACUGCACUUGGGAGAAGUUUCGCCUCGACUUUGUGACGCCGCUGAAGUCGUCCGGGGAAGAUACCAAGGGUCAGGCCAUGCGGAGACUGCAAGCGCUUUGCAAAGCCAUCAUGCUACGCCGCACGAAGAAGAGCACGUUCGAAGACAAACCGAUCCUGGUCCUGCCGGACCGCAAGACCGAGGUCGUCAAUCCCGAGUUUAAUGACGACGAGAAGGGCUUCUACCAAGCACUUGAAACGCAAUCGCAGAUUACGUUCAAUAAGUACCUGCGAAAGGGCACAGUCGGCACCCAGUACUCUGCAAUCCUGGUUCUCCUGCUUCGCUUGCGUCAAGCCUGCUGCCAUCCCCAUCUGAUCAAGGACUUUGGCGUCGAGGCCGCGGCUGACAUGAGCGAAGAGCAAAUGGUCGAAUUCGCAAGAGAGCUUUCCGACGCGGUCGUGGCACGCAUCAAAGAGACCAACGGUAAUUUCGAAUGUCCAGUGUGCUACGAUGUGACUCCAAACCCGGCGAUCUUCAUCCCAUGCGGGCACGAUACUUGCUCCGAGUGCUUCACUCGGAUCGCCGACCCUGCCAACGCACUCCAAAACGGCGAAGAAGCGACGCAUGUCCGCUGCCCGAAUUGUCGAGGCAAUAUCGAUCCGAAACGUCUGACUGACUACAACAGCUUCAAGAAGGUUCAUCUGCCUGAGAUUGCCGCGGAGGACGCCGCGAACGGCGAUGCUGUCACCGAGCAGAACGACUCUGACUCUGAUGACAGCGAUGACAGCAGCUCGGAGAGCGAGUCUGAUAGUGAUGACGACGGAAGCCUGGGUGGCUUCAUCGUUAAUGACGAUAGCAAGAAAGGCAAGGGCCGAGACAAGGGGAAAGGCGAAGGGAAAGGCAAGAUGCCGAAGAAGAAGGUGAAGUCUACCAAGACGCUGGCGGAGCUCAAGAAGCUGUCUUCGCGCAGCAAGGAGCACAAGAAGAAGUAUCUGAAGAAGCUUCGCAAGAGCUAUGUUGGCUCCGCCAAGAUUGACAAGACCGUGGAACUCCUCAAGGGAAUCAUGGAUGAUCCGGAAGGCGAAAAGGUCCUCAUUUUCAGCCAGUGGACCUCGCUGCUCGAUCUGCUGGAAAUUCCGAUCGACGACGCCGGCUGGGGCUAUCGUCGCUACGAUGGCAGCAUGAGCGCUCCAAUGCGUGGUGACGCCGUCGACGACUUCAAAGACGCCAAGAAGGACGUUCGCAUCAUGCUCGUCUCCCUCAAGGCCGGCAACGCUGGUCUUAACUUGAACGUCGCCAGUCAAGUCAUCAUCCUCGAUCCCUUCUGGAAUCCCUACAUCGAAGAGCAGGCCAUCGACCGUGCGCACCGCAUCGGGCAAUUGCGGGAGGUCGUCGUUCAUCGAGUCUUGAUCGAGGAGACCGUGGAGGAUCGGAUCAUCGCACUGCAAGAGAAGAAGCGCGCUCUGAUUUCCGAGGCGCUCGAUGAGCAGUCUGGAGCAAACGUUGCUCGGCUGGGUGUGCAAGAGCUGGCAUACCUUUUCGGCGUGACGCAUGACCCUUCGCAGCGUGUUAACUACACGGCGCGUCAGAGCAGGCGUUAA